AAGCGCACAAGCCUCACAGAUCAUGAUGUCUCUGUGUGUGUUCAGACCUGUGCUUCUCACUCUGACUCUUCUGCUCUGCUCAGAAUCAGCAGCAGAUCAACAUCAGUUUGUGGAAGAGGGACAAAGUGUCACUUUGUCCUGUGGGGAUGUAAGAGAGAGACAAAGAGAAUGUACUGGAACCACAUGGACUUUUUACUCGGUCGACAAACCAGGAGAAAGUAAAAGUCUUAUUACACUUGGAGUUUUAAACUCCAGUGUGCCAGAGAUUUCAAAACGACUGAGAUUAAAAGAAAACUGUGGUCUGGAGAUUCAAAAUGUCCAUCCUCAGGACGCUGGACUCUUCUACUGUCAACAAUACAACCAAUCAGGACGUCUCCUGUCUCCUGAUGCUCCUGUGUAUCUGUCUGUGGUCUCAUUGACUAAAAGGACAGAGGAGAAGAACGUUGAGUUAAACUGUUCUGUGUCCUCUUCACUUCAUGAUGUCAAAACAAAAUGGUUGUUCAAAGGCAAAGAAGUUAAUAACUCAGGAAUAACCACAAAUAACCUUCAACAUGGCGUCACUGUUACACUUCCAAAAUCACAUUUCCUUUACAAAAAGGUGGAUCUGUUCAAAUGUGAAGUGACUGAUGGAGAAAACAAGAAGAAGUUUUCAUUCAGAUCCAACAAACCAGGUGAGACCAGGAGGAGGAGUCAGAUUUAA